AUGAUUCAAUCACAAAAAUUGUCCGACAGACUCGCCGUCCGGCAUACUUGCGUCGAAUCCCGACAUCACGAUCAAAGUCGGAUCACUGAUGAAACCUCUUGGGUAACUUAUCGCGCUUGUCGUGAAGAUUUUCCCUAUGAGACUGCCAAGUACAUCUGUGCCAACAAGAUUGGGUCCUGCUCCGGUAACCACAAGAAUGGACCACACCAACGUUGGGCACGAACGUUCUUGAAAAAGACUCGACGUGUAAAAUACUACAAUUAUUCCAAGCCUAUGAAGGAAGGCCAAGUAUUUUGCUGUCCUGAAGAAGAUGACAGCUGCCAGAUUCAAUACACCAAGCGUUUCAAGAAGUCCACCCCCCGCCAGAAUCAAUGUGCAAAGAAGCCUGGACGUCUCCAACAACCUCUUCCUGUCAAGUAUGGUAUUCCAAUUCCGCGGACCGUUAGACAAGCACUUGCCAUUGAUGACAAAAACGGAAACCACUUUUGA